AUGCUGAAGCUGACCUGUCGGUCAGCCAGGCAGCCUGCCUCCGGCCAUGGCAUGUCCGAGGAGCGGUCCAUGCCGGCUGUGCCGCGGCCUCUCCCCACCCUUGCGGGCAAGAUGGAUGUCCUUGUAGCUGGAGGACAUGACUACGAACGUCUCAUCUUCAUGAUGCAUGCCCAGCGGCUCGGCGUUGCGGAUGCGGUAGAGGCGACAGAGAUCUGCGACUUCAAGAUGGCGCUCAGGAACUCGCAGAAGUAUAGCCAAGAUUUGCCCUUCGUGGUCUUUCUGGGGAGUGAGUGGCUACACCACCUGGAAGGGUUGGACCUCGAUGAGAGACCGCCCGUCUUCGUGAACUUCAGUUGUGUCAGCCCGAGCAGGCCGGAUGCUUACGACUACCACAUCCUGACUUCGAGCUUGCCUGAGCAGGUGUCGCAGUUGCUAUGUCGAGUUCUUGACGUGUGGGGCACCGCCGGCGACUCCCAGCAAGAGCACCCGGCAGAGAAGCAGGGAAGCAAUGCGCCCUAUCGCUGUCUGACUCGUCUGCAAACAUUCAGUUGA